AUGGCUCCAAAGAUCGUAGCAAGCCUCAUUCUAGGAUGCGCCUUACUAGGAGGCUAUGCCAGUAUGAUUACAACAUACCGACAUGGAUUCUUCGACGCACUCCGCAUCUGCACCUCUGAUAGUUCAUUGCUUUCCCCAGAGCCAUGUGUUCUGGACAUGUCAGGCUCGAUAUCAUUAUUCUCCAAGACCAUAACAGGCGUAGCUCCUGUAGAUUCCUUGAUUUACGUUCUCUUAGAGUUUUUCUCUCAAGGGCUAAGGAGUGACCCUGGCGCUAAAAGCAUCGAUCUUGAAGCUUUGCUCGCCUUUGGAUACCUAUCUGCUCAAUUUGGAGGGGCUUGGUACCUGGUGGCACUUGAAGGCUUGAGGCUGGGAAACCGGGGUACGAUGCUGAGUUGGACUGGGACAUUCGGCAUAGUAUUUCAAGCAGUCACGAUCACCAUUAUCGCCCCAAUCUAUUUAACGCUGCAGCUGCUGUCCUCGCCUUCCAUUCUGCGGCUAAAUUCCAUCCUCGCCGACCCGUGCGACCUCGCCCUCUUACCAGUAUCCACGGUCAUAUCUUACGUUAUACCGACCGUUGGGCUCUCUCUUCCCUUGCUCAAUAUCCUCUCUCAGGAAGCCAAGUACAUCGUCAUCGCCCUCUGGCAGCCUUUUCCCCUAUACCAGUCCGCGAUCCAGGGACUGUCACAUAUCUUUUGCAGGACAAGACAGGGAAAGGCUCGUAACAUAGCCCACAUCAAUCCCCGAGAGUGCAAAAAGGCUUUGAAUCGAGCAUAUAGAUUCAUCACGAGCCUGACCUUGAGCGUGCACUUGGUUGUGAUGGGUACUCUUCUCGUUUCUUUCACAACUAAGUCUGUUCCAACAAUUUCGGCGCACCAUGUGCUAGCUCUCACAUCGCUUACGAGCCCUCCCACUCUGGUAAUGCUGGAUCCGCCCGUACCAGCAACCAGUUCGCGAGAGAUUGUGGUAUCUUUCUUGCGGUGGGACGUCUAUUGUACGUGUGUUUCGAUGCUUAUCUGGUCCGGUUAUCAACUAUAUGCGGUGCAGGGAUCUCCAAGCGUUCUGGCAAUGGGCCCGAAGGCAUUGAAGUGGGCGUUGGUGGGUGGCCCAAUUUUCCCAGCAUUGAUGUUUCUUUGGGAACGGGAUGACAUCGUGAUGGACAAGUUAGAGCUCUCCAGGUCGUACCAAAAGGAAGAGUGA